AUGGCUGAGUCGCAGUCGAACUCGCGUGCCAACACGCCAGGCGCAUCGUUGCCUGUGAAGCGCACCUUGGAAGAAGAUCACGCUCCAGCCAUAUCCUCGCCGCUCAAUCCGAAUCCAGAUGCUGCGUCGCGCGCGCGUCCACGAGCUCCGCCGCGAGAGCAGCGAGAGAAACGUGAGACAAUCAAGAAACGAGAGGCUUCGUCCAACACGCGUGGAAGCACGCCGAAUCCGACCUCUAAAACGAAGAAGGAGCGGCCAUCGACGGAUUCGCCUAUGCGAUAUUCGAUUCCGGAGCCCAAGCUCUCAGAUUAUCAGCAGCCAAGGGAAGGUCAAUUCUCUUGGGAUCCUCCGCUUACCGCUCCAGACGGUACGCAACUACUAAGACCCUUGGACCAUGCCUGGAACAAGAAGGGCUACCGAUAUACACACGCCGUGGCAGACCCACAAUUCCGCCAUAAGCAGUUCUACCGCCAAAGCGACUCUAAGCCGUACGGACCACGAAUGAGCCACGAGGACACUGACAGAUGGUUUUCAUUUGACAAGGAGACUGCGACAAUUGUGACACAGGAGAAGGGUUGGCGCAUGGGAAGAGGGAAUGUCGUGGCACGAGAAGGCAGGAUGUACUUUGAAGUCAAGAUCCUGAAAGGCAUAACUGCAGAGGGUCCUCAUGAUCCCUUGGAUACCAAGACUGGUGAAACCAAACCAGGGCCCCAUAUCCGCGUGGGAUGGGCCAGACGAGAGGCACCGCUAGAUGCUCCUGUAGGAUUCGAUGGCUACAGCUAUGGCAUCACAGACGCUCGCUUUGAAGUCAUGCAUCGCUCGCGAAUAUCCAAGGUCUUUAAGCCAUUACCAAAGAACGCCAAAAGCAAGCACAUGAAGCCACGCCCGCCUCACAACAAGCCGACGCCAGUCGAAUAUGUCAGUGAUGAGCAUUUCGGAGAAGGCGACGUCAUCGGUCUUGAAAUUCAAUUGCCUUCUCUAGCGCUACACCGUAAAGUUGUCGAAGGAGUCUACAAUCCUGCUGUCGACAUUGGGGACGGUUUUGACGCAAAAGAUAAUACAUUUGAUCCAACCGAGAAGCCACUUGAUAUCAUCCGCGACCGUAUUCCAGUAGGCUACAAAGGCAAUUUCUUGUUCGAACAGCUCGAUUAUCACAUCAGCAAAGCGGUGGAGCAAUAUCACGAUCGAGGACCCAUGCCCAAGAUCAAUCCAUCGCCGAACCACGAGGACGUAAGCAUUCGAUCUCUACCUCAGUCCCACAUUAAGGUGUACAAGAACGGUAAGGAAAUGGGAAUCGCGUACGAGGGUCUCCUCGCUUUUUUGCCUCCAGCGAGCGUACCCUCCGCAGAAGCUUUGAAAGCUGGCGCAAGAAUCGGAUUCGAUGACGGUAUGGUGGGAUACUUUCCGACUGUUGCCGUUUUCAACAAAGGUGUAGCGCAGGUCAAUUUCGGGCCCGAUUUCUGGUGUCCACCAGAGGAGAUCCAAAAGCAGCGUGAAAAGGAUACGCAAAUGCAAGGGAGCGACACUGUCGAGAAACAGAUACCCGAAGGAAGAAAAUUACGAGCGAUUGGCGAAAGGUACAAGGAGCAAAUUGCGGAGGACGUGAUCUGGGACAUCAUUGACGAAGUCGACUUCUUCGUGCAAGAUGGUGGAUGGAACUACACAGGAGAGACCCCUCAGGAUGUGGCGGGCAAGUCGACGCCGAAAGCUAGGGGCUUUGCGAACCCAGAUGAAAACGUUGGUGUGGAAGUUGGACGGCGGUAUUGA